CCGGAGUUGGCUGGAGCUGUUGCCAUGACAAGCAUUUUCUUAAGACAGCUCUGCUGUUGAGACCGUCCUAGGCUGGGGGUGGGGUGGGGGCACGAACUUCCUGGGGGACCAUCCCUCCGAAGACGGCGAGUCAGACACCCGCCCAGCUCCCUGCACCCAUUUUCUUCCAGGAAGGUCCUUCGCGUGGAAGGGCUAGGGAAGAAGACCCAGCCCACUCUCCCCGCUGUAGUGCAAAGGCCAGAGCGCAAAGCCAGCUUCACUAGGUGGUUUGGUACACUGGGGAGAGCGGUGGGUGGUCACCCCACCCUACUCGGUCCAUGGAAACGCGGAGGGAGAGUCCCGCUUGGAGACACCUGAAUCUUUGCUAGAAAGAGAGAGACCUAGCUGUCAUCGUUAUCCAGGGAGCCCUCCUCUUUCUCCUGACGACACAGCUCUACCAUCGCAGUUGCUGGUUGUUGCUAGGGUUGCCUCCAUGGUAACAUGCUUAUCCCAUUUACUCUUCUAUAUGGACAAGUAGUCUAAGCUAGGAACCUUCCUACUCUGGACAACUAUUUUCAUCAUCACCUAGAGGACAACAAUCAGCGUGACGCCAAGUCCCUUUUCUACUAAGUUCCCCAACCUCUUCCUCCUCUCACAGUAGACUUGAUACAGAAGGGAAGAUCUAGGCUUGGUGUUACUACUCUGAAGCUUACUGCACAAGAUAUUGCCAAUUUAUCCCCUAACUGGGCUCCCAGCGAAGAAAGAAGUGGGAAGAAACAGGGAAGAGAAGGCAAGAGACACUGAUCAGUUGGAGGGAAACUCUACAUCUUCUCUGAGAGUCUGGUAACCGCAGGCAAAAUGACGAACCCAUCAGGACAUAGCUUGGGGAGGAACUCGGUAGGUGAGAACUAUGAAGGGGAGUUUGGCUGCACGUUAAUGGACCUGAGAAAGCUCAUGGAGCUUCGUUCGGCGGAUGCAGUCACCCAGAUCAAUACCCACUAUGGAGGUGUACAGGAUAUCUGCGCCAGACUGAAAACCUCCCCUAUAGAAGGUCUAUCUGGGAACCCUUUAGAUCUGGAGAAGCGUAGACUUGUUUUUGGACAGAACUUGAUACCUCCAAAAAAGCCCAAGACUUUCUUAGAAUUAGUGUGGGAAGCCCUGCAGGAUGUCACUCUCAUCAUCCUGGAGAUCGCAGCCAUCGUCUCCCUGGUCCUGUCCUUCUAUCGACCCCCUGGCGGAGAUAAUGAAAUAUGUGGUCAGGCUUCAGGUAGCCCAGAUGAAGAGGAAGAAGCGGAAACCGGCUGGAUUGAGGGUGCGGCCAUCCUUACCUCAGUGAUCAUUGUGGUGUUAGUGACGGCCUUCAAUGACUGGAGCAAGGAGAAGCAGUUCCGGGGGCUACAGAGCCGCAUUGAGCUCGAGCAGAAAUUCUGCAUUAUCCGGAAUGGCCAGCUCAUCCAACUCCCAGUGGCUGAGAUUGUGGUGGGAGAUAUUGCCCAGAUCAAAUACGGUGACCUGCUGCCUGCAGAUGGAAUCCUAAUUCAGGGGAAUGACCUGAAGAUUGAUGAGAGCUCUCUGACUGGAGAAUCAGAUCAUGUCAAGAAAUCUCUGGACAAAGAUCCCAUGUUGCUCUCAGGGACUCAUGUGAUGGAAGGUUCUGGCCGGAUGGUGGUGACUGCCGUGGGGAUCAACUCCCAGACUGGAAUCAUCUUCACCCUCUUAGGGGCCAGUGAGGAGGAGGAGGAGGAGGAGGAUAAGAAGAAGAAAGGUAAAAAACAAGGAGUCUCUGAAAAUCGCAACAAAGCAAAGACCCAAGAUGGAGUGGCCUUGGAAAUCCAGCCACUCAACAGCCAGGAGGGCGUUGACAGCGAGGAAAAGGAGAAGAAGAUAAGCAAGGCGCCCAAGAAGGAGAAGUCAGUGCUGCAGGGCAAGCUCACACGCCUGGCUGUGCAGAUCGGAAAGGCGGGUCUGAUCAUGUCUGCCCUCACGGUUAUCAUCUUGAUUCUAUACUUUGUGGUUGACAAUUUCGUGGUACAGCGCAGAGCAUGGCUACCCGAGUGUACUCCCAUCUACAUCCAGUAUUUCGUCAAGUUCUUCAUCAUCGGCGUCACUGUCUUGGUCGUGGCUGUGCCUGAGGGCCUGCCACUGGCUGUCACCAUCUCACUGGCCUACUCUGUGAAGAAAAUGAUGAAGGACAACAACUUGGUACGGCACUUGGAUGCUUGUGAGACAAUGGGCAACGCCACAGCCAUUUGCUCUGAUAAGACAGGAACACUGACCAUGAACCGCAUGACAGUGGUACAGGCUUACAUUGGGAGCACUCAUUACCGCCAGAUCCCGAGCCCUGACGCCUUACCACCCAAGGUUCUGGACCUCAUGGUCAAUGGCAUUUCUAUUAACAGUGCUUAUACUUCUAAGAUUCUGCCUCCAGAAAAGGAGGGAGGCCUACCCCGGCAGGUAGGCAACAAGACAGAGUGUGCCCUGCUGGGCUUUGUCACGGAUCUGAAGCAAGAUUACCAAGCAGUUCGCAAUGAGGUGCCCGAGGAGAAGCUCUUCAAAGUGUACACCUUCAACUCAGUGCGCAAGUCCAUGAGCACCGUCAUCAGGAAGCCGGGAGGGGGCUUCCGCAUGUUCAGCAAAGGCGCCUCUGAGAUAAUGCUGCGCAAGUGUAAUCGAAUCCUGGACAAGAACGGCGAAACCACUCCAUUUAGAAGUAAGGACAGAGAUGAUAUGGUACACAACGUCAUUGAGCCCAUGGCCUCUGAAGGACUCCGGACUAUCUGCAUAGCUUACCGGGAUUUUGACGACGCAGAGCCCUCAUGGGACAAUGAGAAUGAAAUCCUCACUGAGCUGACGUGCAUUGCCGUGGUGGGCAUUGAAGACCCUGUGCGCCCAGAGGUACCAGAUGCGAUUAGCAAAUGCAGACGGGCUGGCAUUACUGUCAGAAUGGUGACAGGUGAUAACGUCAACACGGCCCGGGCCAUCGCCACCAAAUGUGGCAUUCUGACCCCCGGAGAUGACUUCUUGUGCUUAGAAGGCAAAGAAUUCAACAGGCUUAUCCGCAAUGAGAAGGGCGAGGUGGAACAAGAGAAGCUGGACAAGAUCUGGCCCAAGCUUCGGGUGCUGGCACGAUCAUCCCCCACGGACAAGCACACCCUGGUGAAAGGUAUCAUUGACAGCAUGGUUGGAGAACAGCGACAGGUCGUGGCUGUCACCGGUGAUGGGACAAAUGAUGGACCUGCUCUAAAGAAAGCAGAUGUUGGCUUCGCCAUGGGUAUUGCAGGCACAGAUGUGGCUAAGGAGGCAUCAGACAUCAUCCUGACCGAUGACAACUUCACCAGCAUCGUGAAGGCAGUGAUGUGGGGCCGGAACGUCUACGACAGCAUUUCCAAGUUCCUGCAGUUCCAGCUGACGGUCAAUGUGGUGGCUGUGAUUGUGGCAUUCACUGGAGCCUGUAUCACUCAGGAUUCUCCGCUGAAAGCCGUGCAGAUGCUGUGGGUUAACCUGAUCAUGGACACUUUUGCUUCACUGGCCCUGGCCACAGAGCCCCCUACCGAGUCUCUGCUGAGGCGUCGCCCCUACGGGAGAAACAAGCCCCUGAUCUCACGCACUAUGAUGAAGAACAUCUUGGGCCAUGCAGUGUAUCAGCUCACAGUCGUCUUUGUCCUCGUCUUUGCUGGCGAUAAACUGUUCGACAUUGACAGUGGCAGGAAGGCGCCUCUCCAUUCCCCGCCCAGCCAGCACUACACCAUUGUAUUCAACACCUUUGUGCUGAUGCAACUCUUCAACGAGAUCAACUCCCGCAAGAUCCACGGCGAGAAGAACGUCUUUUCGGGCAUCUACCGCAACAUCAUCUUCUGCUCUGUGGUUUUAGGCACGUUCAUCUGCCAGAUUCUCAUCGUGGAAUUUGGGGGUAAGCCCUUCAGCUGUACGAACCUCAGCAUGGAGCAAUGGAUGUGGUGUCUCUUCAUAGGGAUUGGAGAACUUCUGUGGGGUCAGGUCAUCUCGGCCAUACCCACCCAGUCUCUGAAGUUCCUGAAGGAGGCUGGGCAUGGCGCUGCCAAGGAGGAGAUCACCAAGGAUGCCGAGGGACUGGAGGAGAUUGAUCUUGCUGAGAUGGAGCUGCGCAGGGGCCAGGUGCUCUGGGUCCGUGGCCUGAACCGGAUUCAGACUCAGAUUGAAGUAAUUAACACAUUCCAGACGGGAGCCUCUUUUAAGGGAGCCCUAAAGCGACAGAACGUGAGCCAACACCUUGAUAUAAAACUGGUUCCUAGCUCCUAUUCAAUCCAAGUGGUCAAAAUGUUCCAUAGUUACCCUGGAGCGAAAUCCAGGAACGAAAGAUCCAUUCACCACUUCAUGACCCAACCUGGAUACAAUGCAGAUGAUGAACCUCUACCGUCCUUCAUAGAUGAUCACGAGGAAGACCCUGGAUUGGUUCCUAAGUCCGGGACUAAGGUGCUCCUAUUGGAUGGUGCAGCCACUCGCAAUGACAACAAAAACAACAAUGCUGUGGACGGCAGCCAAGUGCAGACCAUCGCUUCCCAUGCCCACAGCCCCCUGCAAAGCCUGGAGACAUCAGUGUGAACUUCUGUUCUGAUUCCCGCCCCUGCUUUCCCUGUUUCUUUUCUCAUCCAUCCCGCCUAUGAGGUGAUGAUGGGACUUUGUCACCGUUGUGUCAGUGCUCCUAAGUGUGUGAGAACGCCUACCUGGCCAUGAAGAAACAAGAGCACAGACCGACAAGGAUUCGGUCAAACCCUGGGCAGGGAGCGGUAGAUCUACUCCUUAGUUGUAACAAUUGUUAUUUUUAAAGAAAUGAUGACAAUCCUCCCAGCAUCACCCAACCCAAAGUUUCCACGGUGUUCCCACCUGUCACCACCUCCUGACUUGGAGAUUUUAUGAGUUUCUGCCAUUUACAAGCUAAAUCGUGAGCUCAGGGAGAGACAAAUACCCUGUGUUUGUGUUUCAGUAGACUGAUUAUUCUUAGAACAUUUUUUCCUGUUUUGAAAAUGUACACCCUAAGGCCAGUAGCUCUUCCUACCCCUCAGUCUGACCUCCCCAAGGUUCUUUGGUUCUUAUAUGACCCUUAUCAUCCUUCCUCUUACUCUUUUUAUUUUUUUUCUCCAAGUUUUGGUAAUUAAGAGAACGGAAAGGGCAUGGACAAGUUGAGUCAACUUUGGCCCCUUUUAGCCCCAAUAGAACCUUUCAUUUUGUUCUAGAGGCAGACAGAUUUCUUUUCUAAAAUGGUCUUUUUGGAGUAAAUGAGCUGGUGAAAUAUUUCCCUAUUUUCACCAGGUCAGCUCCGACUUCGAAUGUCCACCUCUCUCUUUGGGUGUGUAGGGGGUUUUAAGUGCCAGGGAAAUCGGCCGUGAGCAUGAAGGUUUCUUGUGUAUAAUAUAUAGUCUUUACCAUGGGCCUGAGCUUCCUCCUUGCCUAAGGUAGUAGCCAAAGAGUGAAUGGGGCAUGACCUUGCCUCCUAGCUGGAUGAGGAGUUUCGGGACCAACAUGGGGCAGGCCUAGGACCAGAAAUCACGGAAGCAGACUAUUUUCAAGAGUAUUUGCCAAGGCUCUCCCAGGGCAGAAGCUGAUUGUUGGAGGAAUGAGUAUUAAGAAACCUUGGGAGGGGCUAAAGAACCAAUCCAUUGGGAUCUAAGAAACCUCCCCUCAGGUUAGGCACCUGAGUACCAGCUUGGACAUUCUCUUCUCUUUCCUGUUUCUAUGCUUUGCUGUGUCCCACAAUAUUUUCCACCUCUAAAGGAGACCCCCCCCGCAACUUUUGCAAAUAUUCCAAUGUUGAAAAUAUGCAUCUGAAAGAGUAGGCUCCCUGACCGUGUUCUGAUUCAAGGAGCAAAGGCCCAGAAAGCCCCUGCUUCCUCUCUCCUGGCUUUCACACUCCUGUUUUCCAGCCUCCAGCAGCGAGCAUCUCCACUGCUGCCCAGGAAAGUCUGGGUCUUUUUCCCUGGAACACUGCCCAAUGCAUCCUCUGUCCGCCCACCUCUCAGGAGCUGGGAACUUCACCAAAAGGGACUUUACCUUACUGGGACAAGGUGGAGGCACAUCCCCGGGUGCUCCAUGUGUAUCCCUGCUCUGCUGACAUAAGCAUUUUGUGCAGGUGGACCAAAUUUAUGUCCCCAAGUCCCAUCUCCCAUUAGAUCAGUGAAGCCUGCCUCCCACCUUCGAGGGUGGUGGACAUAGAGGAGGAUGCGUGAGGCUCACGAGAACUCCAGGCUUCCUCUCGGGAGGAAAAGCAAGAGGAACCUGUCCACUCCUAGCCUUUCUUCUAGAGAUCUUCCUCCCUCCCCACUUUUCACCCAAACUGCCAAGGUAGGGUGGGUGAAGAAGCAGCCACCAUUCCACACCCAUUGCAGCAUAAUCCAUCGUUACAGGCAACAGGGAGAAGGCUUUGACUGGGGUUUUGUAAAGCUGACACACAUCAGCAGUCUUUCCUCGUAGGGAACAAACAGCUCACUGGAGUUGUUAAUUAUUCACACACACAAGCAGACACACACUCUCUCAAGUACAUUAGAAGAUUCCAUUCUGACAACUCUUCUGUUACCUCAGAUUGUUUUCACAAAAGCAAGCCAGUAACAAGCUCCGAAGGUCAUUUUACCCUCCUUGCUCCCAAGAGACUUUUGUGGUGCCUGGCAGGUCACUCUUGAGGGCUUUAUGUCUACUUUUCAAAGUCAAUAGCUUUGUGUGUGUGUGUGUGUGUGUUUAUGUGUGUGCGCACGCACGUGCACAUGUGUAUGUAUGUGCGUGUUCUAGUUUCCAUAGUAAGAGAGAAAAUAUAGAAAUAUUAUGCAAAAAAUAUAGUUUUCUUUAGAUCAAAAACUAAUAUUUUUGAGUCAGCCAUAUAUAUACAUAUAUAUAUAUAUAUAUAUUGUUUAAAGAAUUUCAAAUAAAGUGCCGUCAUGGAACACCAUAGAGGGGAGCACACGGCCAACUGUUUGACGUGACAGGUGGCUCAAUAUAUUUAUAAUUGGUUUAAAAGAAUAAUAUACCUUACUUCCUUUCUCCGAACAGCCAUCUUUAUAUUUAGGAAAAAAAAUUGUUGGGUUCUAGACUUUUUUAAUAUAAAUUUUGUUGAUAUGGAAUUGAGUAAGUUCAAGUGUUUCUGUGCAUAUAUUUUUAUGUGUUUUUCUAUUCAGUUUCAGUGAUCCAGACGGCAGUGAGUAAAUAUGACGGAAGUUAGUAACAGUUUCCCCUAAAUGGUGCUGUGGAUUUGAAAGCAGUCUGAUGGGGAGAAAGAGAAUAUGUCCUAGAGCCCUCUUUCGAUAAACCUAGAAAAAAAUGGGUAAGAACCUGCAGGUAGUGAGGGCAACACCCGGAAAGAGGCUUCUCAACUGUCAGGGCGUGGAUGUAUGCUGCCGUGGAGGAGUGCCAGGCUUGUUGCUAACCAGGGGCGAGGGCCAGUUGGGCUUCUGGGAGGACUUAGCUGGCAGAACGGUGUCAAUGACAGUCCCUCCUGGUCAGCAAGGGAACUGGUGUGGGGCUUGCUUUUCUUUAUGCUUCUUUGACUUCCCCUCCCCCCCUAGAGUGACCCCAUUAGUGAGUUUUUGUGCACGAAUCUGAGUUGGGACGCCUUUCUGUUUUGUAUAUAUAAUACAGCAGAUGGGAGACUGAGCUCCAUAUUGGAAGUGAUAAGUACAGCAGUGGCUGCUUCCAGCUCUGUCUGACAGUUUGAGGACUAGGUCCAUCUCAACAACCCUUCACUGUCCUUUAAAUUGCUUUUUCCAUCCCAAAGGAUGUAAGAGAAACCAACUAAGCCCCCUCUGGGCACUUGUAGAUUCCUCAAGUUUGGGUUUAUAUUUUCCUUCAAGCUUUAGGGGACAGUUUCAUCAAUCAAUUAGAGUGAUUAUCUCACUGCCAAAAAUCCAGAGGGGCACGCAAGCUUGAAUGCCUGGAUCCUCUCCUGUACCUCCCCUACACUUCUUCCCAUCCCUUGCUUUACAGUUGAAGCUACAUGUGGUACCAUCCUGUCUGCACACUCAGUCACCUUCUAUGUCUGUCAUCCACCCCAUGGCACUGGUGUUGGGAAGGGGGAGCACUUAUAAUGCCUGCUGUUCUAAAGCCAUCCCAGUCUCUUCUUCGGUAGACCGGACACCCACCCUCCCUCCCAUUUAGCUCAGAGCCAGGACUCUUGCCUUCCCAGCUCUGCAGAUAGGAGGCCUGCUGUCCCCUUUCUUCUUCUUGGGAGAGGCGGAGAGAGGUGAGCUCCCUGCAGCUGAACUGGCCUUUGGUUUAUGUUUUCUCCCCAUAUGUAUAUAUGCCAUAUGUAAAUAUGCCAUAUAUAUGUGCCAACGAAUUGAUUUAUGUCAUCUUUUCUAAACAGCAUGCAGAUAGGAAGUUUGAGUUUCUUCUCAGUAACUAGUAUAAUGAGCACUGGUAUUUUUGUACAAAAGAAAAAGAAAAAAAAACAGAAAAUUGACUGUUGUAGUCUGCAUGACAGACAUGAUAUCAAAGCAAUGUAUACCCUAGCAUGCAUUGCCAUAGUUUGCAGUUCAGCUUAACAGUGCACCCAACCUGUAUUUGCAUUUGAUAUUAUUUAAGCUCUAUGUAUAAUGUUUUGCAUGUAUUUAUAUGGUUCUUGGGAGGAUGCUAUAACUGACAAAUCUGUAAUGCAAAUGUAUCAUCCCACUGACCUGGGAAGAAGAGGAGUUUGAAAAUGGGUAAUUUUUUUUGAACCAAUAAAGCUUUUUGCUGAUGAGCAGAAACCAAUGCCAUGCACUGAAAAUAAAAACCCGUGCCCACUUGUAA